CGGCUUCGUCGGGUGGCGUUGCAAACAUGAAGAUGGAGGUAAGAAUUGAGCACACGUGGGAUGGUUUACCUGUGAGCCACGACCCCGUAGCAAUUGCACUUCAGUCGUAUGAUGCAGGACUGCUAAUGCAAGUGAGUGCUCCCUUCUUCAAUGAUCCUCCAGCGCCACUUGGAGCACCAGGGAAACCCUUCAGAAAACUGUGGGACUAUGAAGUUGUAGAAGCAUUUUUCUUGAGUGACGGAAGUGAGCAGUAUCUAGAAGUUGAACUUUGUCCUCAUGGACAACACUUACUGUUGCUGCUUUCUGGCGAAAGAAGAGUGGAAAAACUUCCCUUAGAAUUCGAUGUGACCAGAACGGAAACCAAAUGGAGGGGUAGAGCUCAUCUGCCUUGGAAUUAUUUUCCACCAGGCAUUAACAAGUUCAAUGCCUUUGCAAUCCACGGCUCAGAAGAUCAAAGAAAAUAUGAAGCACUUUAUCCUGUGCCUCGACACAAACUUCAGGAAGGCCAGAAACCAGACUUUCAUCGCCUGGAAUUUUUCCAAGAGUUGAAUCUGAAAGAACUAAUGGGAGAAGACUGGAAGCAGCCUGAAUCAGACAUAUGGAAGUCUCAUACUAAAUAGCAAACUGGAUUGAGGCUUACGUUUUUGCUCGCAUUAAGUUUGGAUGCAAGUGUAUGAGAACGAGUGAUGUUGAGCAGAAACUGUGGGAAUGGAAUGUUGUUUCUGCACUAGAAACUACAUUAGAACUAAUGAGAUAAAUAUUUUUCUACAUAGCUCUUUUUGGGAAGGUCUUUUUACUUCACCAGGGGUCUCUGAUAGUCUUCGCAUGCUCAGCAAUAGGUGAAGUAAUUUAUAGCCACAGAAAUUAGGUAGAUGGAGUAACUUGUAGGUACACAGACUGCAGCUCUAGUCUGUCCAACCAAUUCUUUGAAAGAUAUUUUUUCAACUACAGCGUCUGUUUGUUAAAGCAAGGAAAAUUGCCCCUCCUCAGUCACUGAGACACAGGUUAUGAUGCUCACCUUUCAUUCUGAUAGCAGACUACUUGGUGCAGGACUUGGUGACUGCUUUGAAAUCUACAUAGUUUAAGUUCUAGAUGAAUCUUGCGAUGCAAACGAGCUGGCAGACUUUGUGCAGACAGUAAAACCGUAGGUCAGAUGAACUGAGACAAAUCUACUCUUGGAGAAGUUUAAGGUUAGCUUUAGUUCACUCACUGUUGAUGAAUUAUAAUAACAUAGAUUUUGGCACUGACAGUAACCCAUUUUUAAAGAAUUAUCUGCAACAUUAUCGAUCAUACUCAACUGUGUGUAAAUUGUAUUAAACUAUCUACUAAACCA